UUGUGCUGAAAUGACGAAGAGGUCCAAUGAGUUGAGUCUCAGCAGUAACAGUGUUCUUUCAGUCCCCCAGUGGACCAGAGGGGAGCAAAGAGGUGGACUUGAAGCCGGAUCACCUGCCAUCAAUCUGAUGGGUGUAAACGCAGAAGAGAUGUGUGAGGCCAAAGAGUGGAUUGAAAGGUUGCUGACUUCUGAGGAACACCACGUCAUCGAGAAUAAACACAUUCUCUACCUUGGCAAGAAUGAGCAUGACAAGCUGUCUCAGCUCCAGACAGCCUCAGGUGUCUCCAUUUCAGAGACUGUCAGUCCCCUGAAAGCAAUGCUAGAGAUUAGAGGUGCCCAGGCUGACCUCAUUGAAGCAGUAAUGAAUGUUGAAUGUAUGCUGUGUGAAGUUCAGCGAGAAGUGGCAAGAAAAAAGGAGAAAAGUCUUUUUGACUUGUUAGGUGAGUGA